AUGCCUGGCCAGCAGGCUUCUCGUACGCGCUCGGUUGGUCGUCAGCAGGCGCGCGCUGAGGUGAACCCGACUGAGACUGGCUUUGUGAAUUCCGAUCUGGCAUUUCAGUGGCUCCAACAUUUCGAUAAACACACUCUAAACCGCGCAAAAAAGAAUGAGACGCAUCUCCUACUAUUCGACGGUCACAAAAUACACUUAACUAUCGAGUUCCACGAGUACUGCCUCCAAGCCAACAUUCUUCCCUUCAAGCUUAUCUCCCACGCUACGCACCUUAUACAGCCACUCGACGGUGAUGUGUUUCAGACAUAUAAGACUCAUUUUCGAAGCUGGAAUCGCCUAGUCACCCAGUACGGCGGGGAAGCUGUGUUUUUCCGGGGGAAUCGUGAUAUUCGCGAUGAGGCACUUACACCUUCUAUCAUUCGCGGAAGCUUGAGAAAGCGAGGAAUCUAUCCGUUUAAGCUAGAUCUUGUGGUUAAGCCUCUUUCCGACCGCGAGGAACGUGGAUUUAUGCCACUCCGCGGAUGUGACGCAGCCGCUCUAAGAUUCGAGUCUGAGCACAGUGGGUCCAAGAAGCGUCCUGUGGGCGAAUUGGGGGACAUCAUGGAUGAGCAGCCAGAUGACAACGACUGGAUAGGACCUCCAGGCUUCUUGCGAAACGAAACCCCUCUGAUGACUAUUCCUGAUGUAUCUGUUGCUGAAACCCUAGACGAUGAUAUAUGGUACGAUGUCGACGAGCGGAGCGAAGAGGAGCAGUGA